GGCCAUUGGAUCUCCAUGUUGUACGCGAGCUUUCUAAAACAAGAAAAUCAAAAUUCUAUUACUUACUUUUGAAAAUGACGGUUGCCAAUGGAUGGAGUUUCAGAUGGGUUGAAAAUCCAGACUCGCUAGCUCCUUUUAAAUUUCUUAACCAAAAAAUUACUCUUCCUACUCACAAACAAUUAGGUGGAAAAAUAUUGGAUGAGACAAUUACUGAAUUUAUGUCUGAAAUUGAAAAAACAGCACAAAAAGAUAAAGUUGGAGUUACCAUAACUUUGGAUGCUCAAGACACUAGUACCAAUAGAUCACGUGCUAGCGAUAUUAUUUUAAAAGUAGAAGAGCUGUUCAAUGAUUUAGAAUCUAGGAGGAUUAAAGCUAUAGCUUUGGUGACAGAUAGUGCAGCAGCCUAUGCUGCGGCAAG